UCUGGGUAUGAAAAACGCUUGGCUGGGAAUGAGGUCUCUCAUUUACUGUCCGUCCUCUGCUCAAUCUGCUGCCCACCAGAAGGACCAGAACCUAGCAUGUCGGACCAGUCUGCAUUUGACACAGACGUAUGGACCCUGACCCGGUUCGUUAUCGAGACCGGCCGCCAGGCUAAGGGGGCAACUGGUGAGCUGACCCAGCUCAUCAACGCCAUUCUGACUGCCAUCAAAGCCAUUUCUUCAGCUGUGCGCAAGGCAGGCCUGGCCCACCUGCAGGGCUUGGCGGGCUCAGUGAACGUGACAGGAGACGAUGUGAAAAAGCUGGACGUUCUGUCCAACGACCUGGUCAUCAACAUGCUGCAGGCCUCCUACAGCACCUGCUGCAUGGUGUCUGAGGAGAACAAGGAGCUCAUCAUCACUCCCAAAGAUAAGAGGGGGAAGUACGUUGUCUGUUUUGACCCUCUGGAUGGCUCCAGUAACAUCGACUGUUUGGCUUCUAUUGGCACUAUAUUUGCCAUCUACAAACGGGUAUCAGAGGGGGAGCCCACAGAGAAAGAUGCCCUACAGCCUGGGAACAACAUUGUGUGUGCAGGCUACACCCUGUAUGGCAGUGCCACCCUGGUGGCUCUCAGCACCGGCGCCGGCUUGAACUUCUUUACGUUGGACCCUGCCAUCGGUGAGUUCAUCCUGACUGAGAGGAACGUGAAGAUCAAACAGAAGGGGAAGAUCUACAGUCUAAACGAGGGCUACGCCAAAUAUUUCCACCCCUCCAUCAACGAGUACCUCAAGCACAAGAAGUACCCUGAGGAUGGCAGUUCCCCCUACGGAGCUCGUUAUGUGGGCUCUAUGGUCUCAGAUAUUCACCGCACCAUUGCCUAUGGAGGGAUCUUCAUGUACCCUGCCAAUGAGAAGAGCCCCAACGGAAAGCUGCGGUUGUUGUACGAAUGCAACCCCAUCGCUUUCCUCAUCGAGCAGGCGGGAGGCCUUGCCACCACUGGCACUCAGAGGAUAAUGGACGUUCAGCCUGAAGCGCUUCACCAGCGUGUGCCCUUCGUGGUCGGCUCCCCCGAUGACGUCAGCGAGUACCUGUCCUUUGUCAAGAAGUACCAGUAAACCUGCAACAGCUCCCUGUUAUGAUGCAGGAAUAAUUGUGCUACACAGAGAAAUGUCUUGAAUGUCAUGACAAAGAUAACAUUUCAUCAUCAGAAAACAAAACAUCACAAAUACGGUCAUGAGUGAAGUGUUCCGUACAUUUCAGCUUGUCCUCAAACCCCUUUUUAGAACAAAACUAUAAUGGUAGCCUUUCAUGUACUUCAACAUUUAAAUGUCAUUAAACAAAUAUUUUUUAAAA